UAGCAGGACCAAAGCACAGGAACCCAGAGCAAGUUGAUGCAAGCAAAGAAACAAGAAAAAACCCCUGCUUUUGCAAACAACCUCGCUGCUGGGUUGCAGAAGGAGCCGGGCUGACUCGCAGUGUUUCAUUUGGACUCCGGCUAGGAAGCUGCAGCAGCCACCGAAAACUAAAAAGCCUGAAUGAACGGCAGCUUUCAUAUUAUGCAUCCUGCUAAGCGACAGCAAGGAGAGUAAAAGACAGAGGGGUCUGAGACACAAGCUGGCUCCACUGAAGAUGAGCACCGUGAUCCUCCUGAUUUUGGUGUCCACAUUGAACGUCGGCGCUGAGCUGGAGAAGGGCCUGCCGAGACGGGAGCCGCGGCGCCUCUCGUGUGUGCGAUGCUGCGGGCCUUCAGAGCAGCCCGUCUCCAUCAUCUCCUCACGAUACACCAGGAUGAGCAGCGACCCUGCCUAUUCAGUACCCAAAGUCCAGCCCACUAUAGACAUCACCAUCCUCAAAGGUGAGAAGGGCGAAAUGGGAGAGAAAGGGUACCCUGGAGCGGUUGGGAAGGAAGGAGAAAGAGGAUUACGUGGCUUUAAUGGACGGAAAGGCCAGAAAGGCCAACCUGGCCCUCAGGGCCAUUCCUGCAAGCAGCUCUACGCCGCGUUCUCGGUGGGUCGCAGAAAACCCCUCCACAGCUCGGACUACUUCCAGCACGUCACUUUCGACACCGAGUUCGUCAACCUCUACAAGCACUUCAACAUGUUCUCGGGGAAGUUCUUCUGCUACGUGGCAGGGGUCUACUACUUCAGCCUCAACGUCCACACCUGGAACUUCAAGGAGACCUACCUGCACUUGAUGAGGAACGAGAAAGAGGUGGCCAUCCUCUACGCCCAGCCCAGCGACCGCAGCAUCAUGCAGAGCCAGAGCCUGAUGCUGGACCUGCAGGAGGGAGAGGAGGUCUGGGUGAGGAUGUUCAAGCGGGAGCGAGAAAACGCCAUUUACAGCGAGGAGUCUGAUGUUUACAUCAUCUUCAAUGGCCAUUUGAUCAAGCCAGCCGUAGAGUAG